CGAAUAUUUGUUGGAGGAUUGUCAUGGAACAUCUCGGAGCGUCAGCUCGAGAACGCUUUCAGCCGCUACGGCAAAAUCCUGGAAACUCAGAAUAUGGUCCAGGGAGUCAGCUUAAAGCUGAACACAUGAGUCUGUUCGUACAUUAUCUGCAGAAUUCUUACAUAUAAUUGAAGAAAUGGUUAAUACACAAGAAAUCCCAUCCAUGACUAUACAUAUAUUGGAAGAAAUUGUUUGGAGACUGGUAGUAUUUUGAAAGAAAAGUAUUCUCACAAUAAUGUUUCAGAAAUUAUUACUGAUGCCUUCUCCUAGGACACCUCCUGAGAUGUUUCUUCUGUUGACUAUGGGGAGGAGAAAUCAUAGUUAACCAAAUUUGCAAAACUCAAUCAAGACCAUUCACUUCCACAAGCAAAAAUUUAAUGUUCAACAUACAGUUUGCUAAUGUAGUUUCCAACUUAUCAGAGUGUAAAGUGGAUAAUGUUUGUAUUUCUUGGAGAUCUAUUUGGUCGAUUUUAUUGGGAAUGUUUCUGCAAUUUGUUGUAAGUAGUCCUAAAUUCCUUGAGAAUAAUCCAAAGGUUCUAACUGGGGUAUAAGCUGUUGGAUUGAGCCAGAUGCUUCUAGAAACUCUGAUGUUCAGGUUCUUGUUGAUUUACACCGGGCCUCCUAUCUUAAAAUAUUUUGCAAAGUAUUCCAUACCUAAUGUUUGGUCCUUCUAGUUUCAAGAACAUGCAAGACUUAUUUAUCUUGCUUUCUGUUGCUUGAUGCAUCUAUAAGGUUUAAUCAUGAUCUUGCUCAGUCAGUGUUAAUGGUGAGUUCAUGCAUUGGUGAGGGUAUAAAUUGUCAUCUGCCUUGCUGGUGGCAUGCCGUCUUGAGGUUCCUGCUUGACAUUUGUGCAUAUCUUGGAAUUGGAACUUCUUAUAGUUUAAUUAGCAUAUAGCAUUCUAGCGUUCUAGUGCUUCCAUAUGUUCAGGAUUUCUUUUGUGUGCUUUGGCAUGGAAGAACAUGCUAUUGUCAAAAUAUUUCGUGUUAGUUCGACAGAGAAAAACUGACACUGUAAUUUCAGUUAUUCACCAUCUCUACUGAAUCUGUGAACAUGCCCAUGGUGACAAAAAGGGAUUGUAAUACGAUUGUCACGUAUAUUGUUGCAUGCUGAAGCUUCAGGUGCUAGACUUGUUUUGUUUGGUAUGACAUCCUGCAGCACACACAGCUUGCUUGGGUAUUAGUGACUCCACAGUUAAAUUGUACUGAAAUCUCUUUUAGUUGUCAGUGCCGGCUUGUUCCAUUUUAGACGACAAGAUUUUGCAGUAAAUGGGACAUUGUAGAGAUGUGACACCAGAAUGCAGAAUAAUCUGAGUUAGAAUUUUCUCUGUUGCUUUUACAUUUGUUGGCUGCUCAGUGAAUCAUAAAGGACAAACCUCAAUUUACUGUGUAAGCUAAGAAUAGCAGCUGAAGUGAGGACAGUAUUUAAUGCAUUGUUGUGUUUUCGUCUAGUAUGUGGCAUUGAGUUGGGCAGUGGCAUGGUGCAAAGAAUCAAGUAUUCGGUAUGGCAAGAAGUUAUAUCUCCUCAAUAUUUUUUCUUCUCAAUUUGCUCAUAUAACCGGUGUCUAGACUCUAGAGUGAUUUAUAUGUGACUGGGUUAUGAACCGUGGAAUGAUGUCUGACUGCAGCAGUGGUGGAGUAAUUUCAGUAAUCAGUAAAAGUGUUGCCUCGGGUGAAUAUCUCAAAGUGAGAUAAUCUCUAGUUAACUUGUAGAGCUUGAGAUCCUGAGUUUAUGAUGGGACAUUUCCUAGUUUGGACCCAAAGAGACUGUGGGAAGUAGAGGUCAAAGUUUCUCAUUAAACGAUAGAUUUGGAGAGUUGAAGACAACUUGUGUGACAAUUUUCAAGUUGUGGACACAUUGCAGGGCUUUGAAGGGAAAUCCUUCCAAGUGUAUCAUUAAAGUUGUUCCUUUGAUGAUAUACUUGGGAAGGAGAAAUCAUGUUAGAACGAGAUACAGGCCGUCCUCGUGGAUUCGGUUUUAUUACCUUUGCAGAUCGUCGAGGGAUGGAUGAUGCAAUCAGGGAGAUGCAUGGGCGUGAGCUUGGUGAGAGGACUAUCUCAGUAAAUAAGGCUGAACCGAAGAUGGAGGGAGAUGAUGGAGAACCAGGCUUUAGGGGAGGAGGCUAUUCAUCUGGUGGUAGGCCCAGUUUUGGGAGAGGAGGAGAUAGAUCUGUGGGGCAAGAUGAAUGCUUCAAGUGUGGACGCCCAGGACAUUGGGCACGAGAUUGCCCAUCAGUUGGUGGUGGACGAGGUAGGGGUAGAGGUUCAUUUUCAUCCCGUUCUCGAUUUGAUAGUGAUAGUCGUGGAGAUCGUUUUGGAGGAGAUCGGGACCGAUAUGUGGAUGACCGCUAUGAUGGAGGGCGAUAUGGAGAUAGAGAUCAUUUUGACCGUAGAGAUGACAAGUAUGGAAGUCGAGACCGCUAUUUUGAUGACAGGUACCCGUCUGGUGGAGAUCGCUUUGCUGGUGGUGAUAGGUAUGAUGUUAGCGAUCGUUAUCCUCAAAACGGCUAUGUUAAAGACAGAGGCGGGUACAAUAGGGACAUUGGUCCUAGGAGUGGCAGUGAUAGGUAUGGAAGCGGAGGUCCAGGCCGUUACGAGGGAAGAAGUUAUAGAGAUAGGGCAGGUCCUUACGACCGCCCAAGCAGGGGAGGACGGCCGUCUUCCUACGAGCGCUAUUAAGGUUAAGAUGUACGUAUGAAUGUCGGUAGUUGUUUGUUCACAAUUGCAAAUCAUUCUACAAACUUGUAAGUUAGCAAUGAACUGUGACAGUCUUUAUGCAACCCUCUGGCCUUUUGGCAUUGAUGAUUCUCUCCAAAUAUUUAGUAAUGUUCCCUUGAUUCAUCAGCCUCCCAUUUUUGACUUUUGACUUCUCAAUGUGAUGAAUUAUUUUGUUGCCCUUA